GGUUUCACCCUAUUUCAACCCACCGAAAUAAGACAAUAAUCGACUUGUCUUUCCAUAGCACAACUCACCAGUGAGCAGUUUAGAAAUGUGGAUUUGUGGCAGACAAUAAAAACCUUGAUGAUGAUAAUUACAAAGGGAUAGGUGAAUGAUGUAGGUGCUGACUAGUUGAGGUGUGGUGGUAGCGAUGUACACAUACAUAGCCUAAACGCAUACUAUUACCUUGUCUCAUACACUGUUUCAGUUCCUCUUUUACGCGGGUGGGGUAAAGGCACAUUCCCGACGUCUAAACAUUGGAGUUUUUAGAAAUCGGAAUGGGAGGGGGCUUGUCACGUGCCUUUAUUUCGAAGUUAGAAAAAAAUUAAGGGGGAAGGGGCUGCGGAGGGGUACAUUGAGGACAUCGAUUUUUUUUGCCAAUGCAUUGGUAUUUGUGGGGGAAUCCUAUUGACCGACUGUGGGGCUUAUGAAUAGCAAAUGUGUUAUUUUGUAGAAUACCAUAAACAUUCGAGCUCCAUCAAUUUGUUUGUUUUCUCUCAGAGCUUUAAAGUCUAAUGGUUGUGGACUAUUUUACUUAGCGGAAGCGUAGAGUUUUGGUUCAGGAGUGUUGUUUGGGUGUUAGGCUACUGAAUGAGUGCAGCACUGAAUUCGGGUGAUAUCAACGUAAGCCGGCGAGACGCCUUUCAUUGUACAUCGUAUUUUACUUUUGAGAGCUUUUGGGGCACUUUUAAUACAAGACAACAUUCAUUCCUCCUCGUGUCCCCUUCCCCUUUCCUUUUCUCCGGACACUUGAAACACAAAAAGCCAAAAAAAUGGCUCAGAUACUGCCGAUACGAUUUCAGGAACAUCUGCAGCUGCAGAACCUAGGGGUGAAUCCGGCCAACAUCGGGUUCAGCUACCUGACCAUGGAGUCUGACAAAUUCAUCUGCAUCCGGGAGAAGGUGGGUGAGCAAAACCAGGUGGUGAUCAUAGACAUGGCUGACCCCAAUAACCCCAGCAGGCGACCCAUUUCCGCUGACAGCGCCAUUAUGAACCCUACAAGCAAGGUCAUCGCCCUGAAAGAGGACGCUGCUAAGUGCCUGCAGAUCUUCAACAUUGAGAUGAAGAGUAAGAUGAAGGCUCACACCAUGACAGAGGAAGUCAUGUUCUGGAAGUGGAUCUCUGUCAACACCGUCGCCUUGGUGACUGAAGCGGCCGUCUACCAUUGGGGCAUGGAGGGGGACUCUCAGCCAAUCAAAGUGUUUGAUCGGCACGCCAGUCUGGCCGGUUGCCAGAUCAUAAACUACAGAACAGACGAACAGCAGAAGUGGCUUCUGCUUAUCGGGAUCUCGGCACAGCAAAACCGUGUGGUGGGGGCCAUGCAGCUGUACUCUGUGGACAGGAAGGUGUCCCAGCCCAUCGAGGGACAUGCUGCAGCCUUCGGAGAGUUUAAGGUGGAGGGCAACACCAAACCCUCCACUCUCUUCUGCUUUGCUGUGCGCAGCCAGGCUGGUGGCAAGCUGCAUAUCAUAGAGGUGGGUCACCCGGCUACAGGGAACCAGCCAUUUACCAAGAAGGCGGUUGAUGUGUUCUUCCCUCCUGAGGCGCAGACAGACUUCCCCGUCGCCAUGCAGAUUGGCACCAAGCAUGGCGUGAUCUACCUGAUCACUAAGUAUGGCUACAUCCACCUGUAUGAUCUGGAGUCGGGAGUGUGUAUCUAUAUGAACCGCAUCAGCGCUGAGACCAUCUUCGUCACUGCCCCCCACGAAUCCACCUCCGGCAUCAUCGGGGUUAACAAGAAGGGACAGGUGUUGUCAGUGUGUGUGGAGGAGGAGAACAUAGUGAACUAUGCCACCAACGUGCUGCAGAACCCAGACCUGGGCCUGAGGAUGGCCAUGCGUUCUAACCUGGCCGGGGCAGAUGAGUUGUUUGCCAGGAAGUUCAACACGCUGUUCGCCCAGGGUUCCUACUCCGAGGCUGCCAAGGUGGCUGCCUCCACACCAAAGGGUAUCCUGCGUACAGCGGAGACCAUCCGUAAGUUCCAGAGUGUGCCAAGCCAGCCGGGCCAGGCCUCUCCCCUGCUUCAGUACUUUGGCAUCCUGCUGGACGAAGGCCAGCUCAACAAGUUUGAGUCUCUGGAGCUGUGCAGGCCCGUGCUACAGCAGGGACGCAAGCAGCUGCUGGAGAAGUGGCUGAAAGAGGACAAGCUGGAGUGUUGUGAGGAGCUUGGUGACCUGGUUAAGGCAGUAGAUCCUACUCUGGCCCUCAGCGUCUACCUCAGGGCCAACGUACCCAGCAAGGUGAUCCAGUGCUUUGCUGAGACCGGACAGUUCCAGAAGAUAGUGCUUUACGCCAAGAAGGUGGGCUACUCUCCAGACUGGGUGUUUCUGUUGAGGAAUGUGAUGCGGGUCAGUCCAGAACAGGGUCUACAGUUCUCUCAGAUGCUGGUUGCAGAUGAGGAGCCCCUGGCCAACAUCAACCAGAUAGUGGAUGUGUUCAUGGAGGGCAGUCUGAUCCAGCAGUGCACCUCAUUCCUAUUGGACGCUCUGAAGAACAACCAGCCAGCCGAGGGACACCUACAGACACGCCUACUGGAAAUGAACCUCCUCCAUGCUCCCCAGGUGGCCGAUGCAAUCCUGGGAAACCAGAUGUUUAGUCACUAUGACCGAGCCCACAUCGCCCAGCUGUGUGAGAAAGCUGGGCUGCUGCAGAGGGCUCUAGAGCACUACACUGACCUGUUCGACAUCAAAAGGACUCUCGUACACACACACCUGCUCAACCCUGAGUGGCUGGUGAACUUCUUUGGCGCCCUGUCAGUAGAGGACUCUAUAGAGUGUCUUCGGGCCAUGUUAUCAGCCAACAUCCGACAGAACCUUCAGCUGUGUGUCCAGGUGGCAUCUAAAUACCACGAACAGCUGGGAACAAAUGCCCUGGUGGAUCUCUUCGAGUCCUUCAAGAGUUUUGAGGGUGUGUUCUACUUCCUGGGUUCCAUAGUGAACUUUAGCCAGGACCCCGAUGUUCAUUUUAAAUACAUCCAGGCAGCCUGUAAGACCGGACAGAUCAAGGAGGUGGAACGCAUCUGUAGAGAGAGCAACUGUUACGACCCGGACAGGGUCAAGAACUUCCUCAAGGAGGCUAAACUGACAGACCAGCUGCCUCUGAUCAUAGUGUGUGACCGCUUUGACUUUGUCCAUGACCUGGUUCUCUACCUCUACCGCAACACUCUGCAGAAGUACAUUGAGAUCUAUGUUCAGAAGGUGAACCCUAGCCGGCUGCCGGUGGUGAUAGGAGGUCUAUUGGAUGUAGACUGUGCUGAAGAUGUCAUUAAGAACCUGAUCUUGGUGGUGAGAGGACAGUUCUCCACAGAUGAGCUGGUGGCAGAGGUGGAGAAGAGGAACAGACUGAAGCUGUUGUUGCCGUGGCUGGAGUCUCGUAUCCACGAGGGCUGUGAGGAGCCGGCUACUCACAAUGCCUUGGCUAAGAUCUACAUAGACAGUAACAACAACCCGGAGCGCUUCCUGAAGGAGAACACCUUCUACGACAGCACUGUAGUGGGGAAGUAUUGUGAGAAGAGAGACCCCCACCUCGCCUGUGUUGCCUAUGAGAGGGGCCAGUGUGACCUGGACCUUAUCAAGGUGUGCAAUGAGAACUCCCUGUUCAAGAGUGAGGCUCGCUACCUGGUCAGACGGAAAGACCCAGAACUAUGGGCCAAUGUUCUAGAGGAGAACAACCCUUAUAGACGCCAACUCAUAGACCAGGUGGUGCAGACAGCUCUGUCAGAGACCCAGGACCCAGAGGAGGUAUCGGUGACUGUCAAGGCCUUUAUGACAGCUGACCUGCCCAAUGAGCUCAUCGAACUACUGGAGAAGAUUGUACUGGACAACUCAGUCUUCAGCGAGCACCGAAACCUCCAGAACCUGUUGAUCCUGACGGCCAUCAAGGCAGACCGGACACGUGUGAUGGAGUACAUCAACCGCCUAGACAACUACGACGCCCCAGACAUCGCUAACAUCGCCAUCAGCAACGAGCUCUUCGAGGAAGCCUUCGCCAUCUUCAAAAAGUUUGACGUCAACACCUCCGCCAUUCAGGUUCUGAUCGAGCAUAUCAGUAACCUGGACAGAGCCUAUGAGUUUGCAGAGCGUUGUAAUGAGGCUGCUGUAUGGAGUCAGCUGGCCAGAGCCCAGCUCCAGAGAGACCUGGUUAAAGAGGCCAUCGACUCCUACAUCAAAGCUGACGACCCGUCAGCCUACAUGGAGGUGGUCAGCGCGGCCAGCAAGAACGAUAACUGGGAGGAUCUGGUGAAGUUCCUUCAGAUGGCUCGUAAGAAGGCCCGGGAGUCCUACGUAGAGACAGAACUCAUCUUUGCUCUGGCUAAAACUGGCAGACUGGCCGAACUAGAUGAGUUUGUUAACGGCCCUAACAAUGCCCAUAUACAACAGGUGGGAGAUAGGUGUUUUGAGGAGGGCAUGUAUGAUGCUGCCAAGCUGCUGUAUAAUAAUGUGUCCAACUUUGCCCGCCUGGCGUCCACGCUGGUCCACCUAGGAGAGUACCAGGCUGCUGUGGACAGCGCCAGGAAAGCCAACAGCACACGCACCUGGAAGGAGGUGUGUUUUGCGUGUGUGGCUGGGGAGGAGUUUCGGUUGGCUCAGAUCUGUGGUCUUCACAUCGUCAUCCACGCUGAUGAACUGGAGGAGCUCAUCAGUGACUAUCAGGACCGGGGCUAUUAUGAGGAGCUGAUAGCCCUGUUGGAGGCAGCAUUGGGUUUGGAGCGUGCUCACAUGGGCAUGUUCACAGAGCUGGCCAUCCUCUACUCCAAAUUCAAACCCCAGAAGAUGAGAGAACAUCUGGAACUCUUCUGGUCCCGUGUCAACAUCCCUAAGGUGCUGCGAGCGGCGGAGCAGUCCCACCUGUGGGCGGAGCUAGUGUUUCUGUAUGAUAAAUAUGAGGAGUAUGACAAUGCUGUCCUCACGAUGAUGUCACACCCUACUGACGCAUGGAAGGAGGUGCAGUUCAAGGACAUCAUUGCUAAGUUGGCCAAUGUGGAGCUGUACUACAAAUCCCUUUCCUUUUACCUGGAUUACAAACCUCUGCUGACAAACGACCUUCUGACCAUACUGUCACCACGGUUAGACCACAGCCGGGCGGUCACAUACUUCACCAAGAUGAACCAGUUGAAGUUGGUAAAGCCUUACCUGCGGUCAGUCCAGAGUCACAACAACAAGGGAGUCAACGAGGCCCUCAAUAACCUACUGACAGAGGAGGAGGACUACCAGGGUCUGAGGGCAUCGAUUGAUGCGUAUGGUAACUUUGACACCAAUGCUCUGGCCCAGAGACUGGAGAAGCAUGAGCUGAUUGAGUUCAGACGCAUAGCAGCGUACCUCUACAAAGGCAACAACCGCUGGAGACAGAGCGUGGAACUCUGCAAGAAGGACAAAUUAUACAAGGAUGCAAUGCUGUAUGCUGCCGAGUCUAAGGAUGCAGAGUUGACUGAGACACUGCUGCAGUGGUUCCUGGAGGAGGGUAGGAAGGAGUGUUUCGCUGCCUGUCUGUUUGCCUCCUAUGACCUGCUGCACCCUGAUGUGGUGCUGGAGCUGGCCUGGAGACACAACAUCAUGGACUUUGCCAUGCCAUACUUCAUCCAGGUCAUGAGGGAGUAUCUCACCAAGGUUGAUGAGGUUGCGGAGAAGGUGACGGUGGACAAACUGGAGGAGUCAGAAAGCCAAAGGAAGACUGAGGAAAAAGUCCCAGAACCCACCCCCAUAGUGUUUGGUCAACAGCUGAUGUUGACAGCAGGUUCCGCUCCAGUGGCUCCCCAGCCAGGAUAUCCAGGAGGCUAUGGAUACACUGCUCCAGGCUACCCCACCCAGCCCCCCUACAGCUACAACAUGUAGACCACCUCUACCCCUCCCAGCCCCCCUACGGCUACAACAUAUAGACCACCUCUACCCCACCCAGCCCCUCUACAGCUACAACAUGUAGACCACCUCUACCCCACCCAGCCCCCCUACAGCUACAACAUGUAGACCACCUCUACCCCACCCAGCCCCCCUACGGCUACAACAUGGGUCCAUGCAUCUCAAAUGGCACACUAUUCCCUGUUUUGUGCACUACUUUUGACCAGGGCCAAUAGUGCUCCAGUCAGAAGUAGUGUCCUAUAUAGGCUUUAAGGUGUCCAUUUGGGUUGCAGAUCAUGUAGAGCAUAAGGCCCCAGUACCCCCACAUCCCAACCCCUCUUACCCAACCUGAAUCACACUUACCCUACACGGGGAUCAAAUACAUUACAGAUGCAGCUUGCUUAUGGAUUCAAUAUGGAUUCCCUGCCUUGAAACCCCUCAUACACAAUCUCUCUACUCUGUGAGACACCUAGUCCACCUCUGGACACUCCAAACCUCAACCCCACCACCACCACACCCAACUCAACCAAAAAUACCUCCUCUUUGCUCCCAUCUCCUCUCACUCCCCACCUCCUCUUGCUCCCCCUCCCUCUCCAAUGGACUAGAGCAAGGCUAACUGAACCCUCUACUUAGGCUGGCCUGACCAGCCCCCCCAUUCACCACUGCACAGCAUGGCGACAGCUCUUAGCUCCUAGAGAAAAUAGCUAACAGGUAAAAGCUAACGUACAGUACACCACUCUGUCCAGGUAUAUUCUAUCACUGUUCCAUAGACUGUAUCAACCAUAGAGCAGCUUUUUAAAAUAUGAGUUUUUCUAGAGAUGAUAAUAGAGUACUGGUAGUGGAGACUUUUACUGAGGAGCCAGAGAGGGAGUGGGUGAAGGGCUCAUCACGGAGUGCCCCUGCCCUCUGAGCACAGCUUGGCCUUGUACAGGAGGUGUCAACUGAGUCAUUUUUCAAGUUUGUUUCACGACUCUCUCCUACGUUUGGUUCACCACUCUCUCUCCUACGUUUGGUUCACCACUCUCUCUCCUACGUUUGGUUCACCACUCUCUCUCUCCUACGUUUGGUUCACCACUCUCUCUCUCCUACGUUUGGUUCACCACUCUCUCUCUCCUACGUUUGGUUCACCACUCUCUCUCUCUCCUACGUUUGGUUCACCACUCUCUCUCUCUCCUACGUUUGGUUCUUGACUGUUUCUGUUCAAUAGUUUUUGUUUGUCUAUCUGAACAGGUACUAUGUGUUGAAGACGCAACACUAUACAGUACUAUGGACUAGGAACACUAGUUAUUGGGAUUAUGGUGUACUUUUACUGUGUGUAGUUUAUCAAGCAUGUAGGGAUAUGUUGACAACACCAAGACUGAGAAGGUUUGCAUUGAUUCUCCUCUCCAAAUGCUCAUGUGCUAGCUGAUAAUAUCUAGGUCAACAUGGACGUUUGGGUCUCUCCACUUAACACUGUGAUGUAUGGCACACGAUCCCACAGCUCUGGAGUUGAUGAUGAUGUGAAACAUAACUGCUAUAUGCUGAGGUCUGUGCAUGUGCUGCCAAACAUAUAAUGCUGUAACAAUGCAACCAGGAGCACAAUGUCCAUGUUAUGCAUUUAAUAACAAGUAUUACCUAUGUUGUGUUCAAGGCUGAACAAAUGUAUUUUGAAGCCUUUACUGUCCCACCACGGACACCAACUAACAGGAGGGUGAAGGAAGUCCAAUAUUACACAAAGGAGAAUAAAAACACAAGAGGGAAUAGAACUCCUGUAUAUCCCUGUGCCAGUGGUCCAGAGUUAUUUCAUGUACUGAAGAAACAUUGUAGAAUUUAUGAUAUGUUGUGAUACUUAAAGAAAGAAGUUCAGUAUGAUAGAAUACCAUACAGUAUGCAUUGUCUAUAGUGUAUUGUUGUAGUUGGUCAUAAACAUGAUACUUAAAAAUAAAAUAAAAAUGACUAUACAAAAAGAGCAGAAUACAAACAUUAAACUCUUCAGAACGAUUGCUUGCAGCAGCCAACAUUCUAGGGUUUGUUUUCUUCCUGUUCAAGUAGCACAUGUCUAGUGAGAAUAUUCUGGAAAACUACCGCCAUGGUUUAUGGGUAAAUCUGGCCUCAUGCAUCCGGAGCUGCGCCACGAUAUUGUACAAAUGUUGCAUUGAGGUUCGUAGAAAACACUGAAAUCUGACCUGUGUACACCCAUUUCUCUCUGUUCAAGACAAGCGUUCUCAAGGAUAAUAAAGUUUACACACACAUUA